AUGAAUCGCAGUACUUCUGUUAAUAUUGAAGGGUCCCCGUUGCAAUAUCCGAGCAGGGAAACCAAAUUUUAUUUACAUCUGAUCAACGUUGCUAUAUCUUUUAUUGGAAUCUUCCCAAGUGUAUUUCAUUUCCUCGUGCUUUUGAGAAAAUCGAUGCGGCAAUUGACUGUUAACCAAUUUCUGAUAGGUAUCGUAGUUUGUGGGAUUAUCCACAAUGUAUGUAGUAUCAUCUAUUACAUACCUAUUUUGUGUGACCAUUAUUACAGUUUAAAGGUUCCGCUUGAAUGUGUACCAUCACAAAGCUCCUACGUCAAGAUAGCUUACGGUUUCUACUCCUCCUUGAUCAAUUCUGUUGCCAUAGUGAUGAUAACGUAUUUCACUGCUGCAAUGGCAAUAAUUAGAACUCUUGUGAUCAAAUUUCCACUUGCUAGGCGCAGCAAACGUCUGAUCUACUCAAAAAAUGGCUCGAAAAUCAUGCUAACCAUUAUUCUAGUCAUCUCACCUUUUUGGAUCAUCAAUUUUGCUAGUUUAAACGUAAUUGAGACUGGAGUUUGGGUACCGCCAAAAAAUUGCAAUGGAUUUUCUAAAAACAAUAUUGAAAAAAUGUAUGGCAUUGAGCAAACGGGAAUAUUUGGUCAACUUUUUUAUUUGAUAUUUUUCUUAACAGAGACUGUCCUAUUUGAAUUUAUCCCAUCAAUUUUACUUCUGAUCACCACAAUUUGUUUGAUUAUCGAGUUGAGGAAAAACCAGAAAAAGAAGACAUCGAUAAAGCAAUAUAGAUCAACGAGACUUGUGGCGUGGAUGACAAUUUCAUUUCGUGGCAAAUGCACCGUACAACUUGAUAUACAUCGUUUCGAUGGUGCUUUCAAUUCCCAUCUGGGGAUUUCGAAAUGA